GCGCUGGAGGCCAUGGUGCUGGACCCGGGGGCGGCCGGCGGGCUGGGCCCGCUCCCCGGCCGCGGCUCCUGCACGUCCCCCCCGCCGGCCCCGCCGCCCGCGCCCCGCUGCCGGCGGGGGAUGCGGCGUCUGUCGGAGAACGGCGGCGGGGCGCGGCGGGGCGCGGUCGGCGGGGGGCUGCGCGCCGCCUCGUCGCUGCCGCACAUCGCGCGGGGCCGGGCGGGUGAGGAGGGCGGCGGGCGGCGCAGCCCCUGCCUGCUCGUGGCGCUGCGGCCCCGCAACGUGGAGGCCGAGCGGGAGCGCUUCUUCCGCGCCAGCUUCGCCUACGACCCGCAGUUCGAGUACGCCGAGCCGGUGCCCGCCGCCGUGCUGGACAAGUACCGGGCAGCCUCCGACCGCUUCGUCGCUCAGGCAAUCAGGAUCAUUCGUACUGUCCUGGAGAAGUACGGGACCUAUGAGAGCUUCGAAGUUGCCACAGGCGGGAGGCUGCUGAGCAAGUGCCAGAUCUGGUCCAUAAUCCGAAAGUACAUGCAGAAGGAAGGCUGCGUGGGAGAGGUGGUGGUGCAGCUGACUGACGACCUCCUGUCCCAGGCAGUGAUGAUGGUGGAGGACAGCCGGCCGACGCUGGCCAUCAACCUGGCCGGAGCCCGGCAGCACUGGCUGGAGGGGAUGCUGCGCCACGAGAUAGGCACCCACUACAUCCGGGGAGUGAACAACACCCGCCAGCCCUGGCACAGCUCUGAGGGCCGCAAGCAAUACAGCCUGAAGCCCGCCAACCCCACAGAGGAAGGCCUGGCGAGCCUGCACAGCGUCCUCUUCCGCAAGCAGCCCUUCCUGUGGCGGGCAGCCCUGCUCUACUACACCAUCGAGCGGGCCAGCCGCCUCUCCUUCUCCGCCCUAUUCCAAGACCUGGAGCAGUAUGUCCAGGACGCCGGCGUCCGGUGGGAGUACUGUGUGCGGGCAAAGCGGGGCCAGACCGAUACCUCACAGCCAGGCUGUUUCAGCAAGGACCAGGUCUAUCUGGAUGGGAUUCUCCGCAUUCUGCGCCAUCGGCAGACUAUUGACUUCCCGCUGCUGGCUGCGCUUGGAAAGGUCUCGUAUGAAGAUGUGAAUCGGCUGAAGAAAUUUGGGGUCCUAGAGAAGGCCCGCAUCCCCCAUUUCAUGCAGGACCUGGAGCGGUACAUGAAGCAGCUGGACCACAUCGUCACCACAAAUGGGCUGAAUGAGGAGGAACUGGAGCAGCUGCUGCCCGACUGAAGGGCAUUCCCCUGCCCCACAAAACUGGUGCCUCCCAAGUGCUGUAACUGGUGCCAUUUAUUGGAUAUUUAUUGGGGCUGGAGCCUGGAGCAGCCGCCGUGCAUGUACGGCUGUGUAGGGUGGCAAGGCCGAGGGCUGGCACGGGUAGUGUUGAUGUGUCCCCACAUACCGUCCUCUGGGCAUUUUGGGGACAGCUGUAUGGCUCCGCAUGGCUUUGGGGAGCCAGAAAAGAGGGUUCGGAGGGAGCGAGGGCAGAGCUGGGGGGAUGCGCUAGCGCCGCAGAGGUGCAAGAGCCUGUGCGAGGGUGGGGUCUGUCCACAGGGUACCAGGGUGCUCCCAGCAGCGCGGGGGCACCCACUUGGGAUCAGCAGCUGGGGCUGAGGGCUCCAGGCUGUGCCUGGCAGGGAGUAAGGGCUGGCCUGCACCCACCUAUCACCCUGUGCAUGUUUCCCACUCCUUGCCCCUUCCCUCAUGCCUCCACCAGCAGCAGGAAGGACUUUAAUCCCUCAAUACCAAUCUCUGUUCCCACCACCCCCUCCCUGCCCCCAAUUAACCCUUGCUCUGCAACCCCAACUACAGCCCCUCUGUCUGGCUCCAAGGCACAGGACGACUUGGUGGGGAGCUGGCUUGAUGUUAGGAAAGAGCGUAUAAUAAAAGUGAUGUAAUGGAAACAACACGUGAGCAAAAGGUUGUGGAGAGCAUCAAAUGCCAGGCUGGAACCACAGCAAUGCUUGAGCCCUUGCACACUUAUGUCACCUCCAGCCCAGUGCCGUCACUCUGAUUAUUCUCUCUCGCUCUCACAGGGAAAGCUGCAUGGCUCUAAGCUGGUGCGUCAGGAGUGGGAAAGGGUCACCGGAGUGUGUAAAACAUACUGAGCAGGGACAACAUUAAUAAAUCAAAGUAGGAAAAGCAGAAGCUGCCCCAAGCUGUUCCUGGUCGCUAACACGUGGUCUGUACCACAGUUGCAGCACCCCAGCUGUGCCAUCCCCGGGAGAGCUCUUUUACAAAAAAGAAAACAAAACAAACAAACCCCAACCCACAGAUUUGGUUUUAGCUUCUUGUUGCUUUUCAUCUCCCUAAGCUCCCACAUAACACACGUCAGUCUGUGGCUCCAAAGCCCAGGUUCAAUCCCAAAAGCUCCAAGUUUGGCUGCAAACUCAGCGCACGGCAGGGUGUGGAUGCUGUGGCUGGCUGGGCAGCACAGAC